CCGGCGCGCUGUUUAGCGUCCACUGAUGUCGUGGCGCUUUGGAGAAAGAACUUGGUGUUUCUUCCGGCCCUGGUUCUGAAGACGCCGUCUGGGGGGGCCGUGGCUCCUUUCUACCCACCCCUCCUUCUGCUUUUUUUCCCUACUGUGGCAGGAUGAGGCGUGCAGGCCUGGGUGAAGGAGUACCUCCAGGCAACUAUGGGAACUAUGGGUAUGCUAACAGUGGGUACAGUGCCUGUGAAGAAGAAAAUGAGAGACUCACUGAAAGUCUGAGAAGCAAAGUAACUGCUAUAAAAUCUCUUUCCAUUGAAAUAGGCCAUGAGGUUAAACAUCAAAAUAAAUUAUUAGCUGAAAUGGAUUCACAGUUUGAUUCUACAACUGGAUUUCUAGGUAAAACUAUGGGAAAACUGAAGAUUUUAUCUAGAGGGAGCCAGACAAAGCUGUUGUGCUAUAUGAUGCUGUUUUCAUUGUUUGUCUUUUUUGUCAUUUAUUGGAUUAUUAAACUGAGGUGAUGCAAGUAAGUGUGAGUUUGGGAUUUGUUCCAACUUAACUGUUUGGAGUACCAUUUUGGUAAAAAAUCAGCAUCAAAACAUUCCUAAUUUUCAAAUAUUAAGACUUUUUCCAUUGACGAUUACAGAAUUGUGCUUGUUUUAUAAAUCACAUUAGGUAAUACAGUACUCUUUGAAUACUGUUUCUUAAUGAUUAAUUUUUUGCCCCUAUUUUCAGGGGUACUGAGAUGGGCUGAAGUCAGUCUGGCCCUAAGAAUUUUUUUUCCUGUUGUUUGCCAUCAGAUUAAAUAGCCGUAUAAUACUCUGUUGUUAGCAUAAAUGUGGGUUUAUGUUCCCGUGAAGAAACUUAGUGGGAGAAUAACAGAAUGCCUGGAGAGCCUGAUGUUGAGCUCUUGAGGUAGUGAACAAGUUUGUGAUUGAAUGCUAUAUGUCUUUUCCCAAGUUGUCAUCAAC